GGCAUACAUCGGUGUGCACGUCGAUUCAACACGGAUUGGAAGAGAUAAUUUUUUCGGAUUGACACAUUUUUUUUCCUGGAGUAAACAGACUACUGUACUUGGUACUGUACCAUACGAUGUUUUGUACGAGCGAUUGCGACGAUGCCUAUAACAAAUGUUGGUCCUCGCCAAGAAGGUGAAUGUUUGAAAGAGAGCGUUCGUCAGUCACUGCACCCAUAUCUCUACCAUGAUCUUCGUUGAGAACGUUAUGAAGCGAACGUUUACAGCUCUCGUGUUCAGCCUCCCAAAGAGCCAUGGUCUUUCUUCUUCGUUGGCUACCUGUGGACGCUUAGGAUUUACCUCUGUUCCUUCAGGAAGAAAGUACGGCUGUGUCAGCGAAAAGGGAGGAAUCAGGAGCUCUCUUUUCUCAACGUUCAGCGCACCAGAACCCCCUAAGUCUAAGGGUGUAAAUGUGUUCGAAGAUGUCGAUUUUUCGGUUCAAGGCAACCCAUCGUCACAAUCGUCGAUUCGAAACUCGGAUCCUGACGCUGUGUUUUUGGUAAACGGGGCCAGUAGAGGGAUAGGUUUGCAAUUUGUCAGUAAACUUCUGAGUGACACCAAGGGAAGAGUAAUUGCUGGUUGUAGAUCCCCUGAUGAUGCACCGAAGCUACAAGAUUUGUUAUCAACCCUCGAUAAAAAGUCGAGAAAUAGAGUAGAGGUGAUAAAACUUGAUGUUGAAAAUCAAGAUUCCAUAGAACUAUCAGCUGCAGAAAUCAAAGUUCAAUAUGGUCGAGUUGAUCUUCUACUAAACGUGGCUGGUAUUUUAGGCGAUGGGAAGAACACUCCGGGUCCUGAAAGAAGUGUUGCCAAAAUAGAACGUGAAUGGAUGGAAAAGACGUUCCAAGUGAAUGUGAUUGGCCCCGUAAUGUUGGCGAAAGAACUAGCACCUCUAAUGACGCAGGCACGACGCACGGGACGGAGAAAAGCAGACAGCUCUGACGAAACUUUAUCAGAGAAGCAACGAGCAGUUGGGGUUGUUGCAAACUUGAGUGCUCGAGUAGGAUCUAUUUCUGAUAAUGGUCUUGGUGGAUGGUACUCGGUAAGUUUUUCAAAAACAGAGCUUGCGCUGGGAUUAAAUGACCGUGAAGUGUCGAUAUGGCUCACGAUUUUUUUUGGAAACGAUGCAUUUCCAUUGUAUUCUUCCCAUCUUGUACAGUACCGAAUGAGCAAGUCUGCACUGAACCAAGCAACAAGAACUUUAGCAAAUGAGUUGAAGCGGAAAUCAGUGUGGUGCAUCGCGCUUCAUCCCGGAACGACGGAUACAGACUUAUCAAAGCCAUUUCAAAAGAAUGUGCAAAAGGACCGGCUCUUUCCGGUCGAAUUUACCGUCGACAGUCUUAUGAAUGUAAUUGACUCAAUGGAGGAGCACAAUUCUGGUGGACUGUACGAUUGGGCGGGAAAGGCGAUUCCAUUUUGAUUGGACCGCCUACAAUUGAUCAUUAUGGAAGGAUACAAAACUCCAUACUCUUGCAUGUUUCAGAAGGUCAUUUGCAUGAGGAGUCUAUUCUUGGCAAUUUCCUCCCUAUUUGCGGUUGUUCGGCCCUGAAGGCGUCGAUUCUUUUUCCCGAGAUUAAUUCAGAUUUUCA